AUGAGUAUCUGGUCAAGGACAGGUCGUAACCAGACACCCCCACCCCCCAUCAAAAUCGGAACCCCCCCCUAAAUGGCACCCCCACCCCCCUUCACAGAUGGCACCCCCACUCCCUCCCCUCAAAUAAAAAGGGUUUUUCCUAUAGAAGUAAUUGAUAGGAAACAAUCCAAUUUAAAACACUAUAUUGAUAAAUUAAGUCCACAAAUUGCUUUAAUAUUUAUGAUUAAUUAAUAAAUUUAAAUUAAUUUACAAUUAAUUAGAAAAUAUAUUAAAUUUGUUUUUUAUAUUUAUAAAUAUAAUGCCAAAGAUAUAGAUAAUGGCAUUAAUUAUUAAAUUAGCCAAGCACAAUACAAUAACUAAAAGUAGCUAUUUUACAAGCCAAUAUUUCAAUGAAAAUUUGUAUUUUUAUGAUUGUAAAAAUUUUUUUAAUAUUCUGUUGGCAAGUCAAAUAUUAUGUGCUAGUAAAAAUAGUAUUUGCUGUUGUCAGUUUUACUUUUGGAUCUCUAAUUGGACUCUUUAGCCAUUGUUCCACAAAGUUCAUAAAUAUAUGCAGGAUAUAAUGCUAAUUAAUACCAAAGAUCAUUAUUAUGCUUGUUAAAAAAUUUCUUGAGAUGUGGUGUGCUUAGUAGUUAUAGGAAAUUCUCACCCCAUUUCACCUACUCCUUAAUCGAUUGUGCUACGCUAUGUGGAUAUUGCAUAAAUCUGUAAUUUUGAAUAUUUAAAAUAAUAAUUUAUUUAUUACGUCUGCUCUAAAUUGGCAUUUGUCAUAUAUUUAUGCUAUAUUAAGGGGGAUGGGGGUGUCUGGCUGCGACCUGUGCUUGACCAAGUAUCCCUAGUCUAUCAGAGUCUCAGAGAUUUGUAUUCAAUAUCGAAGGAGAGUCACUUUUUGGAAAAAACCAAGAUGGAUGGGAUCACAGCGGUGAAUCUGGAGUCAGCAGAAAUUCUAUUAUUGCUCCAACUAAUAAGUUGAGAAUAAGAGUGUGUAAGAGAAACCAUUUAGUGAGAGAGCAGGUGAUAAAAUUUAAUACUAACGAUGAGAGAGACUCCCUUAUCUCUUUUUGCUUUGAUGGAAAAUACACAUCAGGCCAAGAAAGCUUAAGGGCUAGCAUUAAGUUGGACCAAAAGAGAGACUAUUUCAAGAAAGCAAAGAAUUCUGAUACAGUUUCGUGUUUUAAAUGGCACAUUUUAACUGGAAAAGAGCUCAGAGAUUUGAUAUCAGACUAUGAAAUUAAGUCAUGCUUAAAAGCAUUUAAUGCUUUACUAUUAAAAGCCCCUGAUUGCCAUGAAGCUUUAUUUGGACUUGGUAAACUUCUCGCGAAUAUGGGAAAGCUCGAUCAAGCCCUGGAUUAUUUCAAGCGAGCCUCAAGAAUAAAUCACUCUGAUGAAAUUUAUAAUAUUUGCCACAGUAUAACACAUGCAAAAUUAUAUAAUCAAACAAAAGGAGAAAUUAUGACCAGCAAAAGCUUACUAGAGCGUUGCUUACAGUAUGAAACUAGACAAAUUGAUACCAUAUGAGCAAUAAUGCAGUUAUAGCGCUUUCCCGAGGAUGGAGCGGAAUGGCGCCAUCCUCGGGAAAGUCAACUAAGCAUCCACACGGGAACUGGGAGUUCCACGUGUGGAUGCCAUUUUUGACAUGUGGGAUCCAAACUUCCACAUGUCAAAAUGGCAUCCACACGUGGAACUCCCAGUUCCCGUGUGGAUGCCUUCCUGGCUUUCCCGAGGAUGGCGCCAUUCCGUGCCAUCCUCGGGAAAGCGCUAUAUCUGUUUCAAGCCUAGUUGACUCCUCUAUGAGUUUUGAGGAUGCUGAGUAUUAUGCAAGCUGAAUCAAGCAGAGGCAUUCUUAUUAUGGAUAUUUAGCUUGAAGCGAAGUAUUUAUUGCCAAAAAAGAAGAAAGAAAAGGAGUCGAAAUCUUGAAAGCACUCAUUGAGAUUUACCCAGACAAACCUGAAGCAUACUUAAAGCUUAUUAAUUUUUACUAUAAAAAUCGCCGAUAUGAAAAUGCUGCCGAAAUUGUUGUGCAAGCAAUGAAAACGAUUUCAGGUAUGGAGUAUUAUGUCAUUUUUGCCAUAAAGCAUGCUAAAAUCCUUUAUCAUUUAGGAAAAACACAUGAAAGCUUGAAGUGGCUGCAAAAGAAAUACGAAAUAUUCCCUAAACAUAUAGCAUAUUUAUAUCAAUACGGCAGAAUUUGUGUAAAAUCAGUUGAUUUGACUUGCAUUGGCUCCGCAAUUGGAGCACUUGAAGAAUGCAUUAAAAUUUCUGAUGAAUCCAGGUAUGGAACACUUUAUUACUGGCUUGGAAAAGGGCAGCUAUUAGUUAGACAAAAUAUUGAAGCCUUUUAUUCGCUAAAAAAUUCACUGAAAUGGAUAAACACAAACAAGAAAAAUGUAAGUGAAAUAAAAGACGAAAUCCGAGCAUUGAAUGAGCAUGUUAAGACAUAUGAAAUUGUUGAAAAAUCUAUUGCAAAUGAUACUAACACAGAAGAGCUAGAGCAGUGUAAAGAACUUUGUGAAGAUAUAAGAAACUUUGAAAGGUCAAGUGGAGAAUUGCUAUUAAGCAAAAUUCUAUGGCAUGAAGGAAAAGAGGAAGAGGCCUUAAACAUACUGGAAACUUCAGCUAGAGCCUCAAGCUCAAGAAUGAAUUGCUAUUUCCAGAUGAUUGAAUAUUUAAUCAUAAUUAAAGACGAAAAAAGAUUGAAAACCAUUGCCAAAGAAAUGAUCAAUAAAUGCAAAAAUAGCCAGAUUCCGGCUUCUGUAUGAGUAAAAGCACACAAAUUUUAUGCAAAAAUACUUGUAAUUCUACAUAAACCUGAUAAAGCUAUCAAUAUCUUAAAAUGCCUUGCCCAAGCCCUUCCAUCGCUUGACAGAAAAGGUUUUCAAUAUACAAAGACGCUUAAAAAGGCCAAAAACUUACAGGAAUUAUUGAAAGUUGCUGGAUCUGUAAAUCAAUUAACAGGAAACUAUUGCUAUUUUAUUGACAAAAUAAAUUAUCCCAGCCCAAUUCAAUUCGCAAGUCCUAGGCACAAGCAUUUAACUCAGACUCCCACUAGCCAAGCAGUACCUCAAGGAGCCCAUCACCGAAGAAAAUCCACCUUUAGCGACAGGCUAACUAAGCAUAAAAAUUGUAAAAGGUUUGACAGUUUAACUAUUAAUUCUAUAAUCGCUGAUUUAGAAGAAGACAAGCAAUCCCCACUAAACUCUGAAAUACCUGUAAUGACUCCUACUUCAUACUCCCAAGACAAUUUUUGCGGCCUCUUUGUAUGCUCUGAUGUCACUUUUCUAUAUAAAAUUGGCAAAAUUUCAGCUAAUCAUAAAUUGUUUAUAGAAGAUGGGCUAUGUGCACUGGAUGAUUUUAUUGAGUUUUUAAAAUAUGAGACACAAGAAGACUAUAAAGAUAGAAUGACUGUAAAGGCACAUUUUUGGAAGUCUUUGCUAAUGAUGGAAACCUUAAAAAGUGAUGAAGGGCUUAAGCUACUCCAAGAAAUUACACCUGAUUUGUACAGAUUAAAAUUAAAAAAAGAAAUCGCCAAGUCUGAGAUGCUACAUUAUUUAGAAGAGGAAAGCGAUUCUUAG